AUGCGUGUCUCAAGUUCUUUGGGAGUGGUCGCAGCCAUCGCUGCUCAAAUUGGUGUAGUUGCAGCACAAGCACCGCAGACGAGCGAUCUCUCAGCAGAGGACAUUACAAGCGGUACAGCCUUUGGCAAUAUUUCCCGGAAAGCCGACGAAAACAUGCAGCAGUACUUUGGCCCUGCAAGAGGCGCAGACUGCACCUAUGACAAUUCACAACAAAGACAAGAAUGGCGAACAUUGUCCCCAGAAACCCGCAAGAGCUUCACAGACGCCGUGACCUGCCUCACAAAAUUACCACCUACACACAUGACAGCAGACGAGGCACCAAAUUACCCAGGCGUCAAGUCUCGCCACGACGAAUACGUCGCAACCCAUAUCAACUACACCCUCAACAUCCAUGACACAGCCGACUUCUUCGCCUGGCACCGAACCUUCAUCCACUUCUGGGAACAAGAUCUCAAGAACCUCUGCGGCUACACCGGCUGGAAUUGGGCCCUCGACGCUCAAGCACCACAAGACAGCCCUCUCUUCCUCGGCGACGAGUACAGUCUGGGAAGUAACGGCGCAUAUAUCGCCAACCGUGGCGACACCUGGCUAGCAGAGCAAGACGUGACAUACCCACCAGGCACAGGCGGCGGCUGCGUGACUUCCGGUCCUUUUACAGACUACACUGUCAAUCUCGGUCCGCUUGACCUGCCAAACAGUAACAACGUCAACUCCUCUUUCCAAUACAACCCUCACUGUCUUGAGCGCGAUUUCAAUCCCUGGUUCACACAAAACUACAAUACCUACACCAACGUCACAAAGACCAUUCUCGACAACAUCCUGAUCGAAGACUUCCAAGCGAACUUUCAAGGUGCCGGUGGUUCAGACCCCAACAACCGUUUCGGGUGCCAUGGAGGCGGACACUGGAGUACCGGAGGCAGUAUGUCUGAUUUCCACUCAUCACCCGCUGAUCCCUUAUUCUUCUUGCACCAUGGCAUGGUUGAUCACGUGUGGACGAUCUGGCAGAACCUGGAUAUUACGAGGAGGCAGAAUGUCAUCUCUGGUACAUCGACGCUCGCGAAUAAUCUGCCUAGUGCGGAGAUGACGUUGGAGGAUAUGUUGCCCUUUGGGUUCGUGAGCGAGGACAUCAAGUUCAAGGAUGUGAUGGACACGUUUGGGGGCGCAUUCUGCUAUAGAUAUGUUUGA